AUGGCAGAUCUCAAGAAGUCGUCCGAAACUCCUCAAGUCGAGCCCAUUCUCGUUGAGGAGGGGGAGUGUAUCGACACGACCAUUGACACGGCCAUUGAAGCAAGAGAUGGCGAAUACAAGCGUAGUUUCUCAGCUCGCCAUAUUCACGUACGCUCCAGAUUCUCAUUGUCGACACAAUGGCUACUUGCUAAAUGUUUUCAGAUUAUCUCUUUGGGCGGCCAGAUCGGAGCAGGUCUCUUCAUUUCUACGGGCAAAAACCUUCGCGAUGGUGGCCCAGCAACACUAGUCCUUGCAUUCGCGACUGUGUGCACAUGUGUCUGGGCAGUCUUAAAUACCGUAUCCGAGAUGACGAUCGCCUUUCCCGUCUCUGGCAACUACAUCGACUUUGCUGAUCGAUUUGUGGAUCCUGCUCUGGCCUUUGCCGGAGGUUUCAGUAUGUGGCUCGGCUGGACCGCCAUUGUUGCAAGCGAAGCAACAUUCUUCAGUGUCAUCAUCAACUACUGGGCUGAAGACCGAGUCAACGAAGCCGUCUGGUAUACAAUCUUUUUACUGGUGAUGCUGAUCAUUUUCGCGUUGCCAAGCAAAGUCUUUGCGUGGUUUGAGUACGGCACAAGCAUCAUGAAGGUGGUUGCCCUAUUCGUGUUCAUCCUGGCCGGCCUUGCAAUGGUUCUGGGCGCCGGUCCGAAAGGGUAUGUCCAUCAUGGAGAGACUUGGAGCAAUGGACUGGCGUUUCGAAACGGCUUCAAGGGAUACAGCAACUCGGUUCUUUUGGCCAUUCUUGCGAUUGGCGACAAUACCUUCACCGGAUUCCUCGCUGGUGAAGCCAAGACUCCCCGAUACUCGAUCGCACAUGCGGUUGUCUUGAUUUCAAUUCGAGUGACAGUGCUCUACUUAGUAUCUGUCAUCUUCAUCGGCCUUUUGGUUCCCGCAACAGAUGAGCGCCUGCUUGGUGGAUCGGGCGUAGCGGCUUCCCCAUUCGUUAUUGCCCUGGAUGAAGCGGCUGUCCCUGGUCUGCCACAGCUGUUGAAUGUGGUCAUCAUGUUUGCCGUUGCAGCCAUAGGCGCAGAAUCCGUCUUCGUUGCCUCGCGCAUCUUGCGGGCCAUGUCGCAUCAGCGCCUGAUUCCGGCUUGGAUUGCGAAGGUCGAUCGACAAGGCAGGCCAAGAUGGGCGCUGCUUAUAACAUAUUUGAGCGCAGUGACCUUGACAUACAUCAAUCUGAGCGCAGGCGGCAUAAGUGUCUUCAACUGGCUUGCUCAGAUCGCAACGACGGGGUAUUUUGGCGUGUGGGUCGUGAUCGGAAUAACAAGUUUUCGAUUCCGCGCAGCUUUGAAGGCCCAGAAAGAUCCACUGUUUGAUCAGAAGUACGCGUGGAUGUGCAAGUGGUGGCCCUUCCCACCCAUCUGGCUGCUGACAUGCUGCUCACUCUACACUGGGUGCUCAAUCUAUCUGGCGCUGUUUCCGAUCGGGUCGGAUGCGCCUUCAGCAUAUUCCUUCUUCCAGUACAUGAUCGGACUAAUCCUAAUCAUGGGUUCUGGCAUCGGAUACAAGCUGAUUCUCCGGACCAAGGUUCGAGAUCCGUGCAAGGUCGACCUCCAGACGGGAAGGAGAGCGCUGGAUCUCCACGAGAUAAAGGCGCUGGAUGAAUAUCUGCAAAAACCGUGGUGGCGUAGGUUGGCGACCUUCUUGCAGCCGUGGUAG